UGUCUGACUCCUUAUUGUUACUUCAAUAUCCCCAAUUUUUAAUUAUUCUCAUUUGUUUAAGUUAGAUCCGCGAUAAAGAAAGGGAGAAAACGGUGAGAAAUGGGGAGAAUGCAGCAGUAUUUGGCUAUGAAAACCGAUCCCGUCGCUCAAGAAAUGAUUAGUUCUGAUAUCAAUGAACUCAAGCUGGCUGCUAUGAAAUUGAUCGAUGAUGCAACUAAACUUGGAGGCCUGGGUUUUGGAACUUCUUUUCUCAAAUGGGUCGCCUCGUUUUCUGCUAUUUAUUUGUUAAUCCUGGACCGAACAAACUGGAGAACAAACAUGUUGACUUCACUUCUGGUACCUUACAUCUUCUUGAGUCUUCCUUCAGGAUUGUUCGACUUUCUCAGGGGAGAUGUUGGAAAAUGGAUUGCAUUCAUCGCUGUCGUUCUGAGACUGUUCUUCCCCGGACACUUUCCAGAUUGGCUGGAAAUGCCAGGAUCAUUGAUACUUUUACUGGCGGUGGCUCCAAAUUUCUUUGCAGUCACCUUGAAGGGCAGCUGGGUCGGCGUUUUAAUAUGCCUCGUAAUUGGAUGUUACCUGCUACAAGAACACAUCCGAGCAUCGGGUGGAUUCCGGAAUUCCUUCACUCAGAGUAAUGGUAUAUCAAACACCAUCGGCAUUAUCCUUCUGUUAGUGUACCCCAUCUGGGCUCUUGUGCUCCACUUCCUCUAGCCGACAGCCAAACAGACCCGGUGCUGAAUCAUUGUUGCCUUCGCAAAUACUUGAAUAAAAGCCUCUGCUGUUUUUAAUGUAUUUCGUAUGUUGAAGCCUUCGUCAAGACUGGAUUGGGAUUCAUAUGUGAUAUUAGUGAAUGAAUGAACCAAUAAACUAGCAAUAAUUUCAUUUCUUUUGUAUA